AUGGAUCCACCCAAUGUGCCGUCGUCGCCGCAGGCGCCUCCGGACCUCGCCCCGCUCAGCCUGACCCCCUCCUUCCGCACGGAGUCCCUCGUCACGCUCGAGAUGGCGCAGGCCGUCACAAUCAAUCGGGAAAAGCUCUCGGAGUGGCACCACAAGAUACGCUCAAGGCUCUUCUCCCUUGUGUCUGGCUUUUUUGUCCGCUGCCGCGUAGAGGACUCCACCGACGGCAAGGCGCUUUACAAAGUCGGCCGCAUCAAGACGCUGAAGCCAGACUGGUCGGUUGAGCUCGACCUCAUCACGACCGAGGAAAUUAACUCCGGCCGCAGCAACACCAACUACGACUGCAUCAGCAACGCGAAGAUCACCCCCAUGGAGUUUAACACCUUUAUCUCCAAGGUGCCGCCGGAACUUCUGCCAAACGUGUUUAACACUGUCUUCAAGAUGGAGGAGCGGCUGCGGCUUCUGGAGACUGUUAUCUUGGUGGAGCCCGCCUUCCACGGGAAGCGCAAGGAUGAAAAACGCGCCCAUGAGGCUUCCCAAAGUGGUGGGGCCGCGACAAAUUUGCCGGAAAAGUAUGUAUUUUCACAGAAUGUGCUUCUCUGUGAGGAUGACUUUGUGAACCUCCCACAAACCGUUACAAUUGUGGACUUGCUGCAGAACGCUGUGGGACAAAAAGGGGUGGCGGAGCCAGACACGCCGCGGGCGGGCAUUGCACCGGGUUCAACACCGAGGUCUCGGGCAUUUGAUGAGGCUGUUGCCAGUCACAGCACGAUGCUUCAGUUGCAGGACAUGCGAAACUACAUGAACUCCCCCACCCAGCCGCAUGUAGAUGCGGCACGACUCAUUGAGACGAUACGGCGCGCCGCAAACCCCACUCAUAAUGGAUUUGCCUACGACAACCUCCCAGAAUUCUGUAAACUUGUUAUUUCUGUAUGUAAUCAAUGCCGUGAGGUGGUGACGCGGGAGCCGCUCUUUGUUCGUCUCAAAUCCCCUAUUACAGUAUUUGGCGAUAUCCAUGGCAACUUUGCCGACAUGGCGUACUUUUUGGAGAAGGUGGUGGGGUUUGAUGACAUUAUGCUCAAGUACACCACGACCCACCUCCUGUUCCUUGGCGACUACGUGGAUCGAGGAGCCUUUUCCCUAGAAUGUGUGAUGUACCUCCUGGCGCUGAAGCUCAUCAACCCGGCGAAGGUGACACUCCUGCGUGGGAAUCAUGAGUCACCCGAGGUGAAUGGAGACAUGGAUGUCUACGGCUACAGCUCUUUCAAGUACCAGUGCCUUGAGAAGUUUGGUCGCGAGCGCGGCAUUGAUGUCUGGGUCGCCGUGAAUGAGGUGUUCCAGUUCCUUCCUGUGAUUGCCGACAUUGACAAGAAGAUCUUCUGCGUCCAUGGUGGUCUUCCGCAGUACGCGGGUGGGGAGGAUAAGCGGCUGGAGAUCCUCUCCGACCCCUCCUUCCCCCGCAUCCCUGUAGUGCAGUGCACGGAUCCGACAAACGUAACCCAGCGCAUGAUGGUGAAUGACUUGUUGUGGUCCGACCCCGCCCCACCAAACCAUCAGCUGGACAAGUACGGCUUUGGGCCCAACCCGCGUGGGCCUGACAUUAAAACAUUUGGCUCCCGCGCUGUGGACAUGUUCUGUGAGCGCUACAACUAUCAAUACAUAUUCCGUGCCCACCAGGAGAAGGCGGAUGGUCUGCGCCUGUCCGACAACGCCCGUGUUGUGACCAUCUUCUCCACCUCUGACUACGCCGGGCAUCAAAACGGUGCGGGCUGCAUCCUGGUAGCCAACGGAAAGCUGCGCAUGGCGAUAAAAAAGCCGCAGCGGCAGGAAGCGAAGGAGGUCAAGGGCCCCGUUUCCCCCCGCACUCUGGGGAAGAGCAUCCCCGGAUUCGUGCCACGCCUAAAGCGGAUGUAA